CCUGGGGAAAUGCCUUGAAAGCAGCAUCUCCCCAUGUCUUUCAGAGGGAGGCUUUGCUAGUUGGCUUCCAAAGAGUUAAAGCAAAGGAGUGGAUUCCUAGAGGGGAAGUCAAUGGCCAAUGCUAAGCCUCCUGCAGGCGAGGUCCCUCCUCUUCUGGCCAUGUGGGAAUCUUCCUGGAGGAGGAGGAGUGAGUGGGUGAGCCUUGCAGGGCUUGUGGAGGAGGAGAGAGUGUGCCUUCCCAAGAGGGAGAUGGCUCUUCUGCCCAGGCUGGAGCCUGGCUGCAAGGACACAGGGCAGGUGGGAAAGCAAGAAGCCUUAGACCCUGAGCCAAGCACGGACCCUCCUGCCUUUCCUGCUGGGAAUGGAGGGCAGUUCUGGGAAGGAGGCCUUGUGGGGAAGGGGCUGCGGGGAGACAGCCCACCUUCAGAGGCAGCGCCAAGCCAGAGCUUCAGGCAGUUCAACUACAAGGAGACUUUGGGGCCCCGAGAGGUUUGCAGCCACCUCCACUCUCUCUGCCGCCUGUGGCUGAAGCCUGAGGAACAUACCAAGGCGGAGAUGCUGGACCUGGUGCUCCUGGAGCAGUUCCUGGCCGUCCUUCCUGCGGAGAUGGAGCGCUGGGUGAGGGAAUGUGGGGCAGAGACCAGUUCCCAGGUCGUGGCUUUGGCUGAAGGAUUCCUCAUGAGUCGGGAAGAAGAGGAGACGGAGAAGGAGCAACGGGCGACGGACUUGUGUGCAGAAGUGGCCAUUGCAUUAGAAAGGCCCCCCUCCAUCUUCAGCCGGACGCUGGAUUGUGCCGGACAAAGAGAACUACCCAGAUCCACAAGAGGUGAAUCAGAACCAACACAUACUGGCUUCCCUCUUCCUUUUGAUGAACGCAGCACACGUUCUGUGACACCAGAUCAGGUGACCUUCCAAGAGGUGGCCGUGUCUUUCAGUGAGGAGGAGUGGGCCCUGCUGAAUACGGACCAAAGGGACUUGCAUCAACAAGUCAUGAAGGAAAAUGUGGAGACUGUGUCCUCUUUAAAAACUCACAGAGAAGGGGAAUCAUCUCAAUACUGGGACUAUGGAGAGAAGAAGGAGCUGUGCCUCUCUGGUCAGCAAGCAACGUACGCUAAGAGGAAGCCUAUUAAGUGCUUGGAGUGCGGAAAAUGUUUCCGUCAUAAGAAAAGCAUUGCUCGUCAUCAAGCAACUCACACCGGAGAAAAAAAGUUCAAAUGCUUGGAGUGUGGAAAGGGCUUCAUACAGAAGAUAUGCCUGACUCGUCAUCAAGCUACUCAUACUGGGGAGAAGCCAUUUAAAUGCUUGGCGUGUGGAAAGGGCUUCAUUCACAAGAUAAGCCUGACUCGUCAUUUAGCUACUCACACUGGGGAGAAGCCAUUUAAAUGCUUCGAGUGUGGAAAAGGCUUCAUUCACAAGAUAAGCCUGACUCGUCAUUUGGCUAUUCAUAUUGGGGAGAAGGCAUUUAAAUGCUUGCAGUGUGGAAAGGGCUUCAUUCACAAGACAAACUUGACUCGUCAUGAAGCAAUUCAUACUGGUGAGAAGCCAUUUAAAUGCUUGGCAUGUGGAAAAGGCUUCAUUCACAAGAUAAGCUUAACUCGUCAUUUAGCUACUCAUACUGGGGAGAAGGCAUUUAAAUGCUUGCAGUGUGGGAAGGGCUUCAUUCACAAGACAAACCUGACUCGUCAUAAUACAAUUCAUACUGGGGAGAAGCCAUUUAAAUGCUUGGAGUGUGGAAAGUGUUUCACUCAGAAGACAGGCCUCAUCUCUCAUCAAGCUACUCAUACUGGGGAGAAGCCAUUUAAAUGUCAGGAAUGUGGAAAGGGUUUCACUCAGAAGACAGGUCUCACCUACCAUCAAGCUACCCAUACUGGGGAAAAGGCAUUUAAAUGCUUGGAGUGUGGAAAGUGUUUCACUCAGAAGAUAAGCCUCACCUAUCAUCAAGCUACUCAUACUGGGGAGAAGCCAUUUAAAUGCUUGGAGUGUGGAAAGGGCUUCAUUCACAAGAUAAGCCUGACUCAUCAUUUAGCUACUCACACUGGGGAGAAGCCAUUUAAAUGCUUCGAGUGUGGAAAAGGCUUCAUUCACGAGAGAAGCCUGACUCGUCAUUUGGGUAUUCAUAUUGGGGAGAAGGCAUUUAAAUGUUUGCAGUGUGGAAAGGGCUUCAUUCACAAGACAAACUUGACUCGUCAUGAAGCAAUUCAUAUUGGGGAGAAGUCAUUUAAAUGCUUGGAGUGUGGAAAGUGUUUCACUCAGAAGACAGGCCUCAUCUCUCAUCAAGCUACUCAUACUGGGGAGAAGCCAUUUAAAUGCCAGGAAUGUGGAAAGUGUUUCACUCAGAAGAUAAGUCUCACCUAUCACCAAGCUACUCAUACUGGGGAGAAGCCAUUUAAAUGCCUGGAGUGUGGAAAGGGCUUUAUUAGGAAGACAGGCCUUACCAAACAUCAAGCUGUCCAUACUGGGGAGAGACCCUUUAAAUGCAUGGAGUGCGGAAAGAGCUUCAUUCAGAAGUUAGGCCUGACUCGUCAUUUAGCAAGUCAUACUGGGGAGAAGCAAUUUAAAUGCCUGGAGUGUGGAAAGGGCUUCAUUAGGAAGACAGGCCUUACCAAACAUCAAGCUGUCCAUACUGGGGAGAGACCCUUUAAAUGCGUGGAGUGCGGAAAGAGCUUCAUUCAGAAGUUAGGCCUGACUCGUCAUUUAGCAAGUCAUACUGGGGAGAAGCCAUUUAAAUGCUUGGAGUGUGGAAAGUAUUUCACUCAGAAGAUAAGUCUCACCUAUCAUCAAGCUACCCAUACUGGGGAGAAGCCAUUCAGAUGCUUGGAAUGUGGAAAGGGCUUCAUUCAAAAGAUAUGCCUGACUCGUCAUCAAGCUACCCAUACUGGGGGGAAGCCUUUUAAAUGCUUGGAGUGUGGAAAAAGUUUCACUCAGAAGACAGCCCUCACCGAUCAUCAGGCUACACAUACUGGGGAGAAGCCAUUUAAAUGCCUGGCAUGUGGAAAGGGCUUCAUUCACAAGAUAAGCCUCACGUCUCAUCAAACUACUCAUACAGGGGAGAAGCCAUUUAAAUGCUUGGAGUGUGGGAAGGGCUUCAUUUACAAGAUAAGCCUCACCUAUCAUCAAGCUACCCAUACUGGGGAGAAGCCUUUUAAAUGCUUAGAGUGUGGAAAGGGCUUGAUUCACAAGAUAAGCCUGACUCGUCAUUUAGCUACUCACACUGGGGAGAAGCCAUUUAAAUGCUUGGAGUGUGGAAAGGGCUUCAUUCAGAAGACAAAUCUCACCUAUCAUCAAGCAACUCAUACUGGGGAGAAGCCAUUUAAAUGCUGGGAGUGUGGAAAGGGCUUCAUUCACAAGAUGUAUCUGACUUAUCAUCAAGCAGUUCAUUCUGGGGAGAGACCAUUUAAAUGCUUGGAGUGUGGAAAGUCUUUUAUUCUGAAGUGUCAUCUCACUUCUCAUCAAACAAUUCACUUGCGGGAGAAGCCAUUCAAAUGCUUGGAUUGUGGGAAGGGCUUCACACGGAAGGAAAGCCUCACACGACAUCACAGAAUCCACACUGGGGAAAAACCCUUUAAAUGCUUAGAGUGCGAAAGCUCUUUUACAGAGAAAAGAUGUCUAAUUGCUCAUCAAGCAACACACUCUGGGGAAAAACCAUUCAAAUGCUUGGAUUGUGGGAAGGGUUUCACACUGAAGGAAAGCCUCAUACGACAUCAAAGAAUCCACACUGGGGAAAAAUCAUUUCACUCUUUGGAGUGAAAGAAGUUUCAAACUGAAGCGACAACAUCUUCAUCAAGUGACACACACAGGGGAAGGAAUUCUUUAAAUGCCCGAAAUGCAGAAAGAGCUUUUGCUAGAAAAAACGCCUCCCUUAUUGCCCCUCAUCCAUACCACAAUUACCUUCUGUAAUAGAGAGAGAUGACUUUAAAAUAGUAUUUCUUUGUUGUUGCUUUUUUGGGAAUAACUGACAUUUUAAAAAGUAUUUCUUUCUGAACAAACUGGCUUCUUUUGCUGAAAUAUCAAAAAAAAAAAAAAAAGAUUCACCCAGAGGAAAAGUGUUCUUGCAAUUUAUCAAAGGAACUGUUAGGUCGCAGCCAGCUAGGUUCCAGCCAGCCAGGGCACCAAGGCCUGCAGUGUUUCGGGACCUGCACUUUGACACAGAUAAUGAUGAGGAAUUUACUGACAUUGCACCCUCCGCAGAAGGGCCUUUGCAGCUGCAGGUGCCUGAAGAUGUUGACGCUGGAGAUGUGUUAAUUGGAGAGGAUUCUUCUAGUCCUCCCUCGCAGAUAGAGCCAGAUGUGGAAGAAACGCCUAGAAACGGGGUUUUUAAUCGUAGAGAUUUUGUGACUAGAGAAAGAAGUGCAAAACAGGAAAUCCGCUGCAGCCAGAGACUGCCAAACAGAUGGGGAAAUGGGUAGCGUUCCCUUGGGAAAGUUUUGGGAGUUUGUACUCCCCAAAUUCUGUACAGGCCAGAAUCUGUUAAAAGUGUGUUGUUGGGUAUAUUCCCUUGCGGUGUCAACGAUGCUUUUUCGAGAAAGGUUUCUCCGUUCCUAGUUCCUGUUUCAAGCCAAGUUUCCAGUUCCAGUCGGGCCAUGCCAUGCCGCACCUCUCAAGUAGACCCUGACUUUACUUUGGAUGUUAUUCCUUGUUCCUGAUUCAAGUUUACCUCAGCUUUAACAACUUUGUUACCUUGAUUGCUACAAAGCAUUUCCAGUGGAUAGAACUCUGUUUUCUGCCAGCCUUGUUUUCCUGUUUAACUUCAUGGACUUUGAUUUCUUGGGAGAGCUAUCGAGUUCUCAUUGUGGAUUAUAAUAUCACAGCUUUUCCUUCACACAAUUGAAACCAUCAUUGACUUUCUGAAAAGAACUAUGCCUUACUCAGACUCUAUACCUAAUUUCGUUUGGAUUUAUAAUUGUUUUAAUAAAGAUAUAGUGUGUCA